GAGCAACCCCAUCGAAGAGGUCUCGUAUUCCCGCCCUCUUCCGUCCGCCACCAACCGCCGCAGGCUCUACGAGAUCUAGUUCGAUGGGUAAGGUGCACGGAUCGUUGGCUCGCGCUGGAAAGGUGCGAGGGCAGACACCCAAGAUGGAGAAGAAGGACAAACCGAAGGAUCCCAGGGGAAGGGCCUUCAAGCGCAUGCAGUACAACCGCCGUUUCGUCACUGCAGUCGUGGGAUUCGGGAAGAAGAAGGGGCCCAACUCGUCCGACAAGUAAACAGCUCUCUUGUAAUAUAGUUCUUACUUCCAUCUCUUAUGACUUCUUUUUCCUUUCUGAAUGCUAUAGUUAUAGUUGGAUUUAAGGACUUUGCAAUUGUUUUUGGGAUUAUCCAAUUAUGAAGUCGAAUCCAUAGUAUAUAGUUCGUCAGUUUAGUCGUUAAUUCACGGCUUGUUAAUGGAAUUUGUCAAACAUGAUUCAUGCA